AGACACUGCAGAAAGAGAUGCUGGAGAGACACUGCAGAAAGAGAGAUGCUGGAGAGACACUGCAAAAAGAGAGAUGCUGGAGAGACACUGCAGAAAGAGAGAAGAUGGAGAGACACUGCAGAAAGAGAGAUGCUGGAGAGGCACUGCAGAAAGAGAGAUGCUGGAGAGACACUGCAGAAAGAGAGAUGCUGGAGAGACACUGCAGAAAGAGAGAUGCUGGAAAAAGACUGCAGAAAGAGAGAUGCUGGAAAAAGACUGCAGAAAGAGAGAAAGUGAAAAAAAGAGACUGCAGAGAGAGAAACAGGAGAAAGGCUGCAGAAAGAAAGUGAAGAGAGAAACUGUAGAAAGUGAGAAACUGGAAAGAGAGAACCUAAAAAGCGAGUCUGGAAUAAGAGAGACAGCAGCGAGAGAUGAAAAAGUCAAUUGUUACCAGUGGUUUUAACCACCAAUGCUUAAUAGGAGAGCAGGAAAGAGAAAGACUGAAGAGAGAGAGACUGCAGAUUGAAAGAGACUGUAGAAACAGAAAGAGGGGAAUAGAGCGACUGCAAAAAAAAGAGGUAGGGAACAGAAAUUGGAAAAAGAGAUGAGGAAGAUAAAGACUGCAGAAAGAGAGAAAAUGAAAAGAGAGACUGCAGAAAGAGAGAAAAUGAAAAGAGAGACUGCAGAAAGAGAGAAAAUGAAAAGAGAGACUGCAGAAAGAGAGAAAAUGAAAAGAGAGACUGCAGAAAGAGAGAAAAUGAAAAGAGAAUGAGACAGCAGAAUAGAAAACUGGAAAGAGAAAGAAGAAAGAAAGAAAGACCGCAGAAAGGCAAAAACUAGAAAAAAUGCAGAAAGGGAAAAACUGGAAUAAAAGAAAAUGCAGAAAGAGAGAGACUGGAAAGAGAGAAACUACAAAAAGAGAGAGAGAGACUUCAGAAAGAGAGAAUCUGGAAAGAUAGAAACUGCAAAAAGAGAGGGAGAGAAUGCAGAAACAGAGAGACAGGAAAGAGAGAAACUGGAAAGAGAGAGGCUGCAGAAAGGAAGAAAUUGGAAAAAGAGAGACUGCAAAAAUAAAUAGACUGCUGAAAGAGAGAGACAGGAAAGAGAAACUUGAAAGAAAGAGAGACUGCAUCAAGGAAGAAACCGGAAAGAGAGAGAGAGAGACUGCAGAAAGGAAGAAACUGGAAAAAGAGAGACUGCAGAAAGAGACUGCAGAAAUAGAAAACUGGAAAGAGAGUGAGACUGCAGAAAGGGAUAAACUGGAAAGAGAGAGAUUGAAGAAAGAGAUACUGGAAAGAGAAAGAGACUGCAGAUAGGGAGAGACCAGAAAUAGAGAAACUGGAAAAAGGGAAAAAACUGGAAAGAGAUCGAGGACUGUAGAAGGACACUGAUUAGUAAAAGCUAAUACAGAACUAUAGCGCCCCCAAUGUAAAGCUGGAGGUGGCAGUCACAUGUUGGGGAGUGGCAGGAGGCUGUGGGCAGCCGGAGGAGAAGAUUUCAUACCCAGCAAAACCACAAGAUUAUAAAGAAAACCACGAAACCAUGAGCAGAGGGGCAAAUCCCAUCCACCCUGCAGGACCAUGGGGAGACACACCCCAGAGGAUCCCUCACAUACCCUAUAGAUAGGUGUGAGGGGGACACACCCCAGAGGAUCCCUCAUAUACCUUAUAGAUAGGUGUGAGGGGGACACACCCCAGAGGAUCCCUCAUAUACCUUAUAGAUAGGUGUGAGGGGGAGACACACCCCAGAGGAUCCCUCAUAUACCCUAUAGAUAGGUGUGAGGGGAGACACACCCCAGAGGAUCCCUCACAUACCCUAUAGAUAGGUGUGAGGGGGACACACCCCAGAGGAUCCCUCAUAUACCUUAUAGAUAGGUGUGAGGGGGAGACACACCCCAGAGGAUCCCUCAUAUACCUUAUAGAUAGGUGUGAGGGGGAGACACACCCCAGAGGAUCCCUCAUAUACCCUAUAGAUAGGUGUGAGGGGGAGACACCCCAGAGGAUCACUCAUAUACCCUAUAGAUAGGUGUGAGGGGGGGACACACUCCAGAGGAUCCCUCAUAUACCCUAUAGAUAGGUGUGAGGGGGAGACACACCCCAGAGGAUCCCUCAUAUACCCUAUAGAUAGGUGUGAGGGGGACACACCCCAGAGGAUCCCUCACAUACCUUAUAGAUAGGUGUGAGGGGGGGACACACUCCAGAGGAUCCCUCAUAUACCCUAUAGAUAGGUGUGAGGGACCCCCCCCAGAGGAUCCCUCAUAUACCCUAUAGAUAGGUGUGAGGGGGGAGACACACCCCAGAGGAUCCCUCAUAUACCCUAUAGAUAGGUGUGAGGGACACACACCCCAGAGGAUCCCUCACAUACCCUAUAGAUAGGUGUGAGGGGGGAGACACACCCCAGAGGAUCCCUCAUAUACCCGAUAGAUAGGUGUGAGGGGGAGACACCCCAGAGGAUCCCUCAUAUACCCUAUAGAUAGGUGUGAGGGGGAGACAC